AUAAGAGUUGAUGCUGUCAUAAUGGUGACAUAAAGGCCAUGCAACCCUCUGGAGGUAACAGCCAUUAGGUGAGAGGACGGCCGUAGUGUUCAGGCUUCUAAGAAACAUGGACAUGGAGAUACCGUUUCCCCUCGGCGCGGUGACACUUGUGUCAGCUCUUCACACAGCUUAUGUAGCACGCCUGUUAUGGAAAAGAUGGGCAGCGCCCACAGUGAUGACCGGUGCACUAAAGGAACAGUUUGAGAGAACAUUAAAGGCCCAUAAAAAGUGUAUUGCCUUCUACCCAAUUUUCCUUGUGAUUUUGUGGACUUCAGGGCUUUUCUUCAAUGAAGAACUGGCAGCUGUUUUGGGAGGUGUUUAUAUCCUGGGAAGACAUAUAUACUCUUGUGGACAAUCCAGCAUGACUAAAAUACGACACUUCCUGGGCUUUUACACUGUGAUUACUGCUGUUCUUCUUCUAAGUCUUACUGGGACCCUUGGCCUUCUCCAUGUCAUCCUCGACCCGCUGAUUGACAUCAACCACCUUCUCAGUUAUCUGUAUGGUGAACCGAAACAAUUUUAUUUCUUUUAGCCUGCCGAUUAGGCUAAUUAUAGCCUCCUGGAUGCAGCACGCUUGACUACAGAAGAUUUUUGGAAAAUGUGCAUUAAACUGAGCCCAAUCUAACA